UCGCUGCGCUCCAGCCUGCUGGAGACAUGAGAUGAUCUUUUGGGCGCAGGACAUUUGACUUUCAGAUAGAGAAAAAGGCUUGUUAGGAGGAGACACGUACAGGAGGGCCCGGAGGUGGCUGAGAUAGGACUGGGCAUGUUCUUGAACACGGCUUCUCCCCGGAGGUCAUUUAGCAUCCCCAUUAACAUCAACCUGCAUGGGGCUCGCAGGCGGCAGACACGAGAGAUCCACCACACAUCUGUGAUGCAGGAGCAGGAAAGGAGCCCGAGAGGAGAUGGAGGCGGUGCAGAGGGAGCCCGGAGUCAGAUGCCUGUUUCUAGCGUCGGAGAGGACAGAGCUAUCUUGUUGGGUUUCACCAUGAUGGCUUUCUCUGUGCUCAUGUUCUUCGUAGUCGGCAUUACCACAGUCAAGCCUUACAUUGACAGUCGUUGGGAGGAGUCUAGCUGUGUCCUGCCUCAGAGUAAUAUUCUGGAGGAGUGGGUGGACUGCAGAGGGGUGAGCACUGUGCCCUGCCUGACGGUGACAGUCAGCAUCGCCGGCUCCAAUCAGUCUGCCUUUCUCCAGCUGGAUGAGGACUCAGUCUUUCUUCCAAAUGAGUGUUUUUACCUCCCCAAAUGUCAAAUGGACCGAAAGGCCCUUCAAGAAGAAGCGCAGAAAGUAAAAAAGUGGGUGGACACUAAGCUGCAGAACGACUCGCUGUGUUUCAUGGACCAAAAGGGCCAGCCCAACCAUGCCAUCUUGAACAGGAAGUACACCCUGCAGAGGGCGCUGUUUGGACUGCUGUGGCCCAGUCUGAUGCUGGGUGGUGGAUCUUUGCUGGUGGGACUUGUGAAGCUGACUCAGUGCCUGGCCCGCCUGUCCACGGACAUGAACCGUUAUUCAACAGGAGGACAUUGGACUUCUAGAAACACUCAGGGUAAAUUCUACAGACUUAUUCAGAGCUCAAGCCUGCAAUCCCCUUCAUGACUUAUUAAACCCUGCAGCCAGAGACAAACACCACUUGGAAUUCCUUCAUGAGCUAAAUCAUGACACAUCACCAUUGAUAUGUCUAAAUAUCCACAUAUUUCUGUUUGAAGAGCUGUUUAUUUCCUUACAGCCCUAUCUCGUAAGGUCAUUCUCAUCUCUACUUAGCCUGAGCCAAUGGUGAGAAAUAAAAGGAAGAUAAAAGUGCCGAUCCCUUUUGUUUAAAGUCGUAGGGAAAUCAUAUUUAAAUGUCAAAUCAUUCUGGCUUAAACAUGUAUAUAAAUGUGUUCUUUAUCAGA